AUGGCCAACGCAAGCGACAUCAUCACAUACAUUGGCGUCCCGCUCGCCGUGCUGGGCGUGCUGCCCAUCCUCUACACGUUCAUGCUCUCGAUCCUGACGCAGCGUCGCAUCCGCUCGCUGCUCGUCCACCACGGGCACCGGCCGGUCUCGACGUCGCGGCCGCACGACGGGUUCACGCUGCGCAGCUCGCCCAUGACGAGCAUGGUCGAGGUGGAGCUGCCGCGGUAUACGAUUGCGCCGCUGGACCGGCACGAGAAGGAAUACUGGGUCGGGACACACGAGGCGUGGGGGCCCAGCGACGAGGAACACAGCCACCACCACCACCACCUGCUCGACCGGGGCGAUCGGGCCGAGAGCACACUGAGCAUGAUCGAAGAGGGCCGUGUGAGGGGGUACCUGAGAGGCGGGUCGUGGCGCGCGUUCCACUGGAGGAAACUGAUCGUGGGGCGGAAGUUGUAUCGGAUCCAGUAUGAGGACGAACUGAGAGAACCUCCCGCCGAGGUCGGGUUUGAGGAGCUGGUCGUCUUCCUGCUGGACUGGGGCGCCGUGCCGGACAGUAUGGGCUGGGAGAAGUUGAGGAGUGGGGGACUGUGGACGCCGAGUGGGACGGUGUUGUUGAGGAGGAUGGACUCCGCUGAAAGUGACGAGGGCGAAGAGAAGGCGAGGAGGCAGAGGGCAAGUGAUUGGGUGCUGAGGACCAGUAUGCCCGAUGAGAGUGAUGGCAUUUUGAGCCUUACUGUACGCUGGCCCAGGGAUGAUGGAGCAUCAGCACACGCCGGGACAGGGUCAGGCUCAGCCUCCGCCUCAGCGUCGGUGGCGGAGAUGCGUGGAGCAGCGAGCUUGCCGCCGGGCUGGGGGAGGCUUAGGCAGCCGGCACUCCUGGAGGCUAACGACAAGAAUGCAGAGAACGAGAAGGACCUACCCGCCCGGAUAGAGGAGCUGAAGGCGACGCAUAAACACAGCGUGGACAGCACCAGCUUUCGCUUCCACACCGAAGAUAACCGCAUCCAGAGACUCCUUUGGGAACACAACAACGUCGAGACAGGGUUCGUGUGCGAACCCUUCCGCUACUACGAGCAGUCGACAGCCGGACUUUGGUUCACUUGCGUGGCUUCAGCCCUCUUGUCUCACAAGCAGUCAGGCGGUCUCUGGGCAUUCGAGAUCCCCGCUGACAUCAAGGCGUUUGUGCGCAAAGACAGCAUCCCCUGUGGUGUGAUGGUCAUGCUGGGUCUGCUUCCGGAGCAAGAUGCCCCCCAGUGGUCAAGCGAGAGCGACAACCCGAAUGGGGCGGCCGAACGAGGACGGAUUCAGCAUCAAAAAUUCAUGGCGCGCAUGGCUGCUGAACGGUUGGAGGCCACCAUGCCGCCCGAACAGGCGAGGAUUCACCGCGCAAAUAGGCAGGCGAAAGACCUGCAAGAAUUCCACAACGAGACGGUGGCGAGCAACGCGGCCAGACGUGAACGAGAAGAGAGGAUGAUCAAUGACGCGAUUGCCAGUCCGAGGAUGAGCAUCAAGAAGGUGGCAGAGACGUGUUUGGUAUGGCUCAUUGAAAAGGGCCAGGUUGGGAAGGAGUGGACUGUCGAGCAGGUCGCAGAGGCGGUCCUCUAUCUGAUCGUCGUCGAGCUGCAAGGCCAGAAGCAGGGUGAUGAGGGCCACAAUGAGGAUCUGGGGGAUGCCACGAGGAUUGUCCGCAUUCUGGAUGAGUGGAUGUCCUGGGCAACGGCUGGAGGAAUGAAGAAGCAGCAAUAUCACAUGCUCGAGGAUGACAGGGACAAGCUGGCGCUCUGCUUGGCUGUUUCGCUGGUCGCCGUCGUUGCAGAAUCUCUCAACUCGAGCAGCGCCGGCAGGGGCAGAGUUGGGCUGGAUAUGCUGGAAUGUCUCCGGCUGUGGAGGAAAGUGAGGCUGGGGUGA